CUCCAGAAUAUUGCGACAUCCAACAACUUGAUUUCCAUACUCGGGGGAGUCAAUUAGCCACAAUGCGACGAAUAACACGAUUGCGACGGCCAUCCGGCCUGUCUGCCAACAUCACUCGGUCCCAAAUUGCGCCUCUAGUCGGACAAUCCCCGUCCGUAUCCUCCCACAAUAUCUCGACCUCACCCCGCAGACCUAUACCAACAGCGAGUCUUCAAAGCCCUGCAUUCGCCCGUCUCUACUCGACAGAAAAACAGCCCCCCAACUCUCAGAGCCCCAGUUCCGAGGCCGAAAAGCCGCAAGAAGGCGAACAGUCCAAAGAGCUAGCCCUAUCCGAAUCCGAAUCCACAUCCAAAGUCGCCGAAGAAGACCCCGAAGAAGCCUUGGAAGAAUAUUCGGAAGAACCCCAAUGGACGACUUUCAUCCCCCCACCUCACCAGCGCACAUAUACCGAGCGUGCGGACGAGGUGUCAGACAAGACCUACAAGCCCGCGCUCCUGGAUGACGGGCUCGAGGUUGUCGGCGGCACAGAGCGUUGGUGGAGCAAGCUAGAGCACUGGCCCAAGUCGGCUAACUUCAUUAGCUUCCGGCCGCACGAUAAGGUGCAUGGUGAUGAGUUCCUAGAGGCUGCGGUGAGGAGGGCUGUGGUCGAGGCCUUUGCGCUGAAGCAGGCUGGGAAGGAGGGGGCGUUGGUGGCAAAAUGGCCUAUCAAGGGACAGGCCGAGAUGAACGAGGCGCUGAAAGUGCAGCUGAGUGUUAAACCGGAUGGAGGAGUGGCGUUGGAGGGUAACGUGAAGGCGGUUUUGGAAGCGCUGGUUGAGGAUGCGGCAGAGCAUACUCCGAGAAGGCCGGCGCUUCCCAUCGAGGAACUCACGACGUAUCGAUCGGCUUGGGGGAAGGACUGGAAGACGGUUUCUCUAGCCGAUCCGCGGAUCAAGUUCGCCGUUACGAAACGCAUCUUCCAACUCACGGGCCACCGCAUCCAGGACUUCCAACUCUCAGGCAUCACCAACGUCCAGACGCUGCUCCACGUGGUCCAAAAGCCGGCGAAGCCAAAGACGCUAACGCAGGAGAUCCAAGAAAAGCGCCAGGACCUAACGCAGCUACCAAACGUGUUCGUGGCUGCGAAGCGCAUCACGCGCGGCGACAAGGAGAAGGCCGUCGGCAGGUUCAAGCUCAUCGAGGAGCAAUAUAAGAAGAGACAACUGCCUCUGGUUGGCCACGGAUCCGCCUCUACGAACAUGGAGAUUCCGAGGAUGCUCGGCGCUAAGUAGGCUAAUCACUCAUACGAGGAAUCUAACUCUGUAUAUUACACGAAUAUGGACGUUUUUAUGCUCCUGUAGAUAUAGGACAAUGACCAUGUCGCGUUGUAGUCUACCAUAUCGGAUAUGACCAGGUGAAUUGGUGGUUCCAUUUUCGCUUCGCUAAUAAAUGCAGAUGUUAUCUCACUCGUCUGGUUAUGAGUAGGGGAGUAGGUAUGACAUAUUACUAACGUUCCAAAUAUUUGAACUCAGUUUAUCAAUCUUAUUACAUUGG